CCCUUUUAAGUGAAAAUCAGUGCCCCCCUGGGUGCCCAGACUGGCGGUUGGUCCAUCGAAAUUUGGGCACGGGGGCCAGACAACAAAGCCGGCGGGCCGGUGGGGGGCGGUAGGGGGGCGGCAGACGGCGGCGUAGCGUCGAGAUGCAAGUGUUGCAGAUGCGCGUGCCCCCCGAUGGGGCGGCUCGCCCGCCCCCCGACCGGCGGAGUACUCCAGAAAGGGAGGUAGUGGCGGAGCAGCGGCAGACCGAGCGGCGUCGUUUCGCGAAGCUGCCGUCUUUCACGCGUCGUCUUUUUGCCAUUGCGAAAAGUUUUUGUUGUUGUUGUUGUUGUUGUUGCUGGUGUUGUUGUAGAUCGUUGUUGUUGUUGGAUUUGAUUUUAUUGCGGGAGUUUCGGGGAGGUAAAUGGGACUUUUUUAGUGGUCGGUGCGAGAGGAAAAUAUCGUGUUUACAUUUUUGCACAGAUUUGGAAGUUUGGAAUUAUUGAAAGUUUAUUGAAAAAUGGAGAGAGGAGGCGCAGGACCGGAGCGGCCGGCGGUCGCGUGAGCGCCCCCGCGGAGAUCGAGCAGGAUGAGUCGCGACGAGAUGCAGCUGAGGGACAGAUUGCUGGCGUUCGCGGACCCUUCGAACGGGCGCACGCCCUUCAACGUCAAAAGGAAGCCGACGCUCGCCAAGCAGCCCUCCAAGCCGGCGCCCAAGCUGAGCGUCCAGGACUUCGUCAGGAUGGACCCGGGAUACACCCCGGACAUCGAGCACCUGGUGUUUCCGAUGAGAAAGCGACACCAGCGGGCGGCGGCGCCGGCGGACCCGCCGCCCUCCAAGACGCGCUCCCGCCUCGCCGAGAUGUUCGCCCUCAGCAGGCACCUGCAGCAGAAGUCCACCGACAAGGACUCCGCCAAGAGGGCCUCCAUAGUCAGCAGGAGCGUCGACAGCGUGCUGGAGCCGUCGCCGCUGAGGAACUCGCGGGCGGUGACGUCGGAGACGGCGCGGAGGUGGGUGUCGAGCGCCGAGGACUCGGCGAAGAUGGAGGUCCAGCGGGCGUCGGCCGGCGCCCAGGUGGGCGCCUCGCGGCAGAACUCCGUCGUCGGCGGCGCCAAGAUCAGUCCGGCGGCAGAGGCGGACGCGGCGGUCGCGAGCAGGUGAGAGAUCGUGGUCGCCUUCUUCGAAGGUUUAGUCUUUCGGUGUUUGACGGGCGCGAAGAAAGCGAACGCGGAGGCGCCGCGGCGACGUUGCCGGUUCGGGCGGUUUCGGAGGUGCUUUGUGAGAAAAAAAUUCUAAUGUGCCCAAUCGGAAUAGAGUGUUUGUUACGCAAUACAAGGAAAUAGACUAAUUUGGCUAGAUUGUUAUUUUUUGCCACAUAAAUGUCCACUGCAAGGGGACCCAACGUGUCGGUGUUGCACGUGCGCAGCACUUCAUCCCCUUGGGACGCCACCGGUAAAGCAACCUACUCGACGUCGAAGAGCUACCGGCUCGUCGGAGGAGCGGCGUCCAGUUUGCCGCCGUCGACCAAGCAAAGAUCGCUCGGCGGCGGCGCCUACAAAUGGUGGAAUUCGCCGAGCUUCCGGAACACCGCCGACGUCGACGCCACAAUCGACCGGUACUCGAUCGCCGGCGAAGAGGACAGGGAACUGUCGCCGGUGCGCUGGCACGACGGCGAAGUCGACGGCGUCUACCUCAACAAAUCCGGCUGGGUGCAGGUGGAGCACCGGUCGCUGGAGGAGAAAACCUCGAAAAAAUCCCGCGGCAAGCUCGCCGACUACCGCUUCGACAGCGAGCCGGUCUGCGAACGGCCCACCGCUCUCGUGUUCCACUCGUGCAAUCGAAACAGCGCCUCGCCGUCGCCGCCGCCCGACUCGCCCUCCGUCACUCCCAUCAUCUCGCCGCCGCCCGCCUUCCAGGACCGCGUCGACAGGGGUCCGAUGAAGCGCAGCAAGACCUUCUUCGGCAAGACGCCGUUCCUGCCGCGCUCGAACGCCAUCGAAGACAGCGACGCCAGUCCGCCGGCGACGCCGCAAUGGCGACCGACGGGCGCCAGCCCGCCGUCGCCUCUGUGGAACCCCGGCGGUAAACCGUUGCCCUCUCCGCAGUGGAAGACCACCAAAUCCACGCCGAACUCGCUGUGGAACUCGCGCGAGAAAUCCCCGCCGUCGCCUCGGUGGAAAUCGAUGGACAACGCGCCGCCGUCGCCGUUGUGGAACGCCAGGAAAUCGCCGCCGUCUCCGUUGUGGCAAAGACCGAGGGAACAAUCGCCGCCGUCGCCGCUGUGGCAGCAGCACAGGAAAUCUCCGCCGUCGCCGUUGUGGAACGUCAGCGGAAAAUCGCCUCCUUCGACACAAUGGAAAGUCAGUCCGAGGCAACCAUCCAAACCAAAAACUAUCACCGACAAACCGGCGAAAGUAGUCACUAAAAUGCCGCAAACGAAGUCGCUAGAGGACACCACCGUUAGAAGAAACCAAUUUUUGCAACAUUACAAAGGCUCCUCGUCAUCGUCGUCAUCGUCGAUGGGCUUCAGGAGCCUCGACAGCAGCUUCAACCGGCCGGGCAACGUGAUGCCCCGUCUAUCGGAGAACACCGAUUCCUCGAUGGACCACCACCAGGACGCCGACGAGGAGGACAACGACAGCUCGUCGGUGAACGUGCGCGUCGCGCCGCCGCGCGACCGCGACAGGAUAUCUCCGUCGGGGCGGUCCAACCGGCACCACAGGACGCAGACGAGGCGGUCGCCGGCCGGCUCGGACGGCAACAAGACGGCCGGCGGCUCGUCGUCGAGCAGCGACGAGUUCCCGGCGCGGUCGCCGCCGCCCCCGCCGGCCGCCCAAACGAUCAACCGGCGCGGCGGGUCCAGCAGAACGGUUCACCAACAGUCGAGGGCGCCUCAGGAGGACGCCACGUCGAGAGUGCGAAGGUCGAGGAGUUUGCAGUUGCCGGAGAGGAAGCCGCAAACGUUCGGUAAGGAUUCCUCGCCGGUGUCCACCAGAGUGUCUCCACAGCACUUGGAACAUCGCACGAUAGUGAAGAUCGGGGAUUCCGGCGAGAGGGCGAAAAAAUCGCUGCAGAACGUCCAAAGCGCGCAUUCCUUGCCGCAGUCUUUGGAUGUUAACGACGUCAGCGAUGAAGUCCUGCGCGAGGCCGAGGUAGUGACAGGAUUCCUUUACGGAAACAGAACUCGCGUCGCCGCUCAAGCUCUGCUCAACCAGCGAUACAACGGCAGCAUUAGCAAAGAUGACAAGAAUAGAUUGGCCAGCAAAGCCGUCAACAGCGAGGUGACGGUUUACUACGUGGGAAACGUGAAAAAAGAGGGACAGAAAGUGCUGGUAAGAGGCGCCACCAGCCCUGUAUUAUCGAACGGUAAGCCGAGCUUCGAUGGAAGGUCGAACAGAGAAACCUGCUCGAUCGAGAAUUGCAGCUUCUGGCCUCACUGCUCGCACAGGGAAGGUAGUAACGCGAUUCGUCCGUCGCACAGCUACCCGACGCACCAGCGCUCCUUAGACUCCACCAGAUCCAUCAUCACCGGCGACAGAAAGGCCCAGCAGGAGCAGCACAAACGCCGCAUGGCGUCGGAAAUGGAGCGGCGCAAGCAACAGCAAAUCAACGACAUGCAGAUCCAGCUGGGCGAGCGACGCACCAGCCCGGUCAAGCCCAAACGCGAGGCGACAGACGGCAGGAAAACGUCGCCGGUGAACCCGAAAGGACGCGCGCCGACGGCGUUCAGGAACGGCGUCGGAUCGUCGUUCGGUCGGGGCGACGAGGAGGGCGCCGGGACGCGCGAGAGCGUCGCGACGCGACCGGGAAGCGCCCCGUCGGAGGACGCCGAUGCGGAGACGCAACAGCAGCUGCAGCAGAGGUCCAUGUCGUUGCCCAAAUCGUUCUUGUCUGCUAGCUACCAACCUCCCGGCGGAACCCUUCCCUGGCAAAGGCAUGGAACUGAAAGUGUCGGUUCAUCCCCCGGCCCGCCCCGCAAACUACCCACCCCAGAGCCAUCCCUUACAGCUCCCGUCACGCCGCUCCACGAGGGGAACCGCCACCGGUCACCGGUGGGCGGUACUGAGAGCCGACGUGCGAAAGCCUCCUCCACCCCUCAGCUUCUAGAGGAAUCGUCCAAUUCGGAAGUAAACAAAUGGGAAAGUAUCGAUCAAUUAGAGGAUCGAUCCGGCGACAAGGAUAAUAGACCACCAGCUGCUCGCAGACAAUUAUCUGCCGGUCGCGAAUCGGGCGGAGUGAUGCAAAAAUUCCGGAAGACCUUCUCGCUGCAUUUCCACCAUCCGAGAAAACUGAAGGGCGAAUCGAGCAAGGAGGACGAUGAGCCGGUCGCGUCGCCGCCGCCGCCGCCGCCGCCGACGGAUCGCUCUGUAGAGGAGUCGUUGCCCUUUCACGUGCCGUCGACGGCCACGUGCCGGAUCGAUGGCGCUUCGCCGCCGCCCCCGCCGCCCGCCGAUGUCGACGAAGGCGGCGACGAUGCGAAGGAGCAACAAGCGAUAACCGCCGCCGCCGCCGCCGCCGUCGGCGAGCACAAGUACAGGUUCGGAUCUCUGGUUUGGCGGAAUAGCAAGGAAAAGAAGAAACUGACGAAGGCGGCGAGGAGUGCGAAAUGCAACAGCGGCGAUAGCGGCAUUCAAAUCGAGAUAGUUCCGAACGGCGGGAGUACGGGCUGCAGUUCCGAAUCCCACGACACCGACCCCCCGGGCGACGUUGAAGACAGCCCCCCGCGCGCCCGCCGCCGCCGGAAACCCGCCGCCCGCGCCGCCCACCUUCGGCGGGCGUUCAGGCCCUAUUCGGAGGUCCUCAAUCAAAUACUUAUCGAUAAGUUUAAGGCCGAUUUGAAGCAGCGCGCCCACCCCGACCGGCGCCAAGUCCGCCGCACGCGGUCCGAUCUGAGCGGACGCCGGACGUCGCGCUGCCGCCGCCCCGCCGACAUGCUCUCGUCGCCCGACUCGCCGCCCGCCGACGCGCCGGCGCCCGGCCUCGCCCAGCACCCCGCCGACCGCCCGCCCGACGUCGUCGUGCGGCGCCGCGGCGUCGGACGCCGCGCCACCCUCCGCCGGUCGCUCAGCCAGCCGCUCGACAUCGACAAGCUGUCCCCGUUGAUGAAGGCCAAACGCGGCGGUUUGAAGUUCCACAACGUCAGCGACGACGACCAGGAUCACCACAGAGGCACCUCCGACGAGGAAACCAUGUCGGAUUCCGAAUCGUCGGUGACGUCGUUGAUCGAAAGGAAGAAAUCUCUGGAGCUACCGGUCGACGAAGAUAUGAUCAUAAUGGCCGAAGCAGUUUUCGACCACGUCGCCAUAGAAUCCGAGGAACUCGGCUUUAGAGCCGGAGAUGUUAUAGAAGUCCUCGAAACGGCCCACAGGGACUGGUGGUGGGGCUCGUCGAAGGGGAAGUUCGGCUGGUUCCCGGCGCACUUCGUGCGGCUGCGCGUGAGCCAGGAGGACACGGUGGAGGACUGCCUGGCGGCGAUGGCGUCGGGCGAGCGGGUGCCGUCGCAGCUGCGCCGGCGCGCCAGCAUCUCGUUGCUGUCGAACGACCAGGUGCGGACGAGCGUGGUGCGCGAGCUGGUGCAGACCGAGCGCGACUUCGUCAAGGCGUUGGAGGACAUCGUCGACGGGUACAUGGCCGAGUGCCGGAAGCGCGCCGACAUGUUCGCCGACGAGCAAAUCGAGGCGAUCUUCGUCAAUUUGGAGGAGAUCUUGUCGUUCCAAUCGGGCUUCCUCAAGGACCUCGAGGACUGCAUGGAGUGGGAGGCGCUCUACAAGAGCUGCGUCGGGGGUUGUUUUUUGAAACAUCGUUCCGGUUUUAAAAAGUAUUCGGAUUACUGCAACAACCAUCCAGUGGCGACGGCGACGCUGCAGGAACUGUACCAAUUCGAAAACUACAACAAGUUCUUCGAGGCGUGCAGGUUGAUGAGGGGUCUGAUCGAGAUACCGCUCGACGGGUACCUGCUGUGCCCCAUACAAAGGAUCUGCAAGUACCCGUUGCAAUUGGCCGAAUUGCUGAAGUACACCAAAGCCGAUCACGCCGAUUACGAUGACAUCAAAGAGGCGUUGGAGGCGAUGCGGGGAGUAGCUAUGCUCAUCAACGAGCGAAAACGGAAGAUGGAGAGCUUGGAGAAACUGUCCGCUUGGCAGCAGAGGGUGGAAGGAUGGGAGGACGAAGAUCUGAUCGAAGUCAGCUCGCAGCUAAUCCAUCAAGGAGAGGUAGUGAAAGCGACGACCGGUAUGUGGACCAACAACAUAACUUUGUUCCUCUUCGAUCACCAAAUUGUUUAUUGCAAAAAGGACAUACUCAAACGGAGCACUUACGUGUACAAGGGAAGGUUCUGCCUCGACACCAGCGAGGUUAUCGACGUGCCCGACGGAAAAGACGCCCAACUCGGCGUUACCGUGCGACACGCCAUCAAAUUACACAGCACGGUGCGCGACAAGUGGUUGUUAUUCUGCUGCCGGUCGACCAGCGACAAGCAGCGCUGGUUGCGGAUGUUCGACGAGGAGCGGAAGCUCAUCGAGCAGGACAAAUCCGAGGGACUGGACCUGGCGCCGUCGACGAGGCACCUGGCGCGAAUGGCCGCCCGCUCGAAGCGGAGGCCGCCCAGGAAACCCAGAAACGGUAAAAACUUCAAGCACGAUUCCGGUUACGUGGGCUCCACGACGCAGCUGAACGCGACCUCGACGAAUUCGCUGGGCAGGAAAGUGGGUACUUGGUUCACGUUUUCGAAUAGAAAGGCGAGACACCAGCAAUCGGACGUUUCCUGAGACAGGACGACGUUACUGUAACAUCGGGACGAAUGUUGCGGUAACCGAAUCGGUUUUACCUUAGUUAUUAGACGUGCGGGGUGCGUUGUUUCUAUGUAAAAUGCGUUGAGAGCGAACGGGCCGGUUGAUUCGAUUGUUAUAUGUAAAUAUUUGAGAAUCUUCUUCGGCGGGUUUGCUGAAUUAUCUGUGUAUUUUUACGCCCUGUAUUUUUAUGAUAAAACAAAAACGAUGCGCACGUCGAAAGUGGGCUUUGUUUUCAGUUAAAUUACCGAUAAUAAUAAUUUAAUGCAAUAAUUUUUAUAGUGAUAAUAUUGGCUACUGCCGAAAGUGCUGUGCAAAAACAAUGUAUAAUAUCAUAUAAGGCUGUUUUGUUAAUAUUUCAGUUGUAAUAUUCAACCCUGUAAAUAUUAAUAUAAUUACAUAUAAUUAAGAAUAUCAGUUUUUCUUACUGUUACAGCGCUAUUCGACCACGAGCACAACUGACGAAUCAUUUUGUAUAUAAGGAGUCCAAACUCUCUACUCAAUAGCUAGUCCAUGUUUGACAAUAAACAUUUAAAGAUUUCGUUACCGUUAAAUAUAUGAAAUUUGUUCCAAAAGUUCUAAAUCGUUUGGAAUUUUUCCACGACCUUAAAUAAGGCAGUAAAAUUCCGAACUGUUCAGUACUUAUGCUGUAACAAAUAUUAGUUACCAAUAAAUAUCCAGUUCAAAAAUAAUGCAUUGUGUACCUUGAAUCGACAACUGAAAUAUUAUGUAGAAUGACAGGAUUUUGUCAAUGUUUCGGGCCUAAAUGCAAAUUGUACAUACGUUGAAAACCAAAAAAAAAGGCCUCCCCUUCUAUCAAUUUAUCCCCUCAAUUAUAUCGACUGAUUACUCUUCCUCUAUACUUAAUUCAAUUAUCAAGUAUCAAAAAAAGUAUCGCACAAAAUCGAUGAGAAUUUUUUUGUGGAUCGGACCAGACGAAUUAAUUAUUCGAUUAAUCGAAAAAAGGAAAUGUUUCGCAUGGAAACGAGAAGCGCUUGUUUAAUUAACAGGACAAUCUUAAGUGUCAAAAAACAUUUAAUAAUAAAUUGUAGGAACCUAUCUAUCAAUGUUAAUGUUAGGGAGUUUUCGCGACUCUGCUGUGACAUUUUUGGCAUUUACGAUUGCCGCAAUGCAGCGAAUUUUAGGUCCUCGAUACAAUUAUAUUCAAAAACAGGGUAUAUUUUCUGUCUGAUACUAAUUGGAACUUUGUGCCAAAUUUCGGGUCAAAUAUCACCUAAAUUUAUCAUUACGGACCAACUCUAGUUGAUAUUAAAAAUUUAAUUUUUUACAAAUUUUACCCUCAAGCGCUCAACUUGACUUUAGAAUUUUGCGAGGAGAUAUUUAAAAAAACUGGAAUUUUUAAGAUGUUGCUGGUUUUCUCUAUAAAUUUCUAUUCCAGGCAAUAUUCCUGGCAAAAUCCCAAAAUCUAACCGACAGCUCUUUUGUUAUAAUACUCGUUAUUUCAAAUAAGAACUUAUAAAUUCAUCUACACUUGUUGAAAAAUAUAUUAUAAGUAGAAAUCUCCUGCUAUCUCGAAUUUGACCCCACUCUGCUGUAUUUGCUUGUUGUUUGUCUUAUUGAUAGACUGAUAGGGCAAAAAAAUUAGUACUGGAAAUCCCAUUUUAGCUCAUAGAGAAAGCGAUAGAUGAAGAAGGCUCAAAUUUAUUUUACUACGCACAUAUCCAUGGCUAGAAGUAGAACUUUCCACAAUAAUAUAACGGAAAUAGCAAGAAUUUCUAGAGAUGAAUGCAUAUAUGGGACUAUAAUGGAAUUUCUUUAACCAUGUACACAAAUAGCUGUUUGAGUUACUAUGAUAUUUUUAUACACUUAAAGUGAUAAGUCUUGUAGUACUGCGGGAUCUACUAUAUCAAAAUGCAACAUCCGAGAGAAAUCGUUAUGCUUCAAAUUAUAAGAGGAAGAAACUUAUAUUUCCAUUACCAGUAAUUUGAAGUAAUUGUUGAACUGAAUUGGCUAAAGUUUAUUGGUUGUGGAUGUUGCAUGAAUAAUCUUCUCCCGUAAAUAUAGCACGUUUUACUGUGCUUUGUUAAAAAGGCCGAAAAGUAAAACAAAAAAAUUAUGAAAAUGAUACAGAGGGUUCUAUAUAUUCCUUUACAAUUUACAAAAUAUCAGCUUUCAGAAUGAAUUCAACUAAUUUUUAGGGAAAGCAAUAAGGUUGAAAAUGUUCAAAAUAAACAGAAGAAUCAUUAAAAAAUCGAGCAUUUGUUCUUAUGUCUUCCAUAUUUAAUCUAAAAUCAGAAUAACAGUGUUCAUUUAAAAAGCUUUGAGGACCAUCCUGUACGUAUUUUGUAAUUAAUUUAUUUUGCUUUUUGGUCUUAUGUUACCUUGUUAGUCAUGCUC